CUCGCAGCAACACGGGCGAGGCUGCGACUCUCUCUCCAAUCACCGAAGAUCAAACCCUCCGUCAACCUCGAUUACGCAUGGAGAUCUCACCGGCGGUACCCCCACCGCGCGAGGGCGGCGGCUCCGGCCUCGACGCCGCCGCCGCCUCCUCAGCCGCCGCGGCGGCCGCAGCCUCGGCCGCUCCCGCUCCCUUCUCGUCCGCCCUCGACCCCGAUUCGGCGUCGCGGCCGGAGCAAUCCGCGCCCGCGCCGGAGCACGCGCGUCGGCUGAGGUACGACGAGGAGGAGGAGGAGGAGGAGGACGUGUGCCGGAUCUGCAGGAACCCCGGCGACGCCGAUAACCCUCUCCGGUACCCGUGCGCUUGCAGCGGCAGCAUCAAGUUCGUGCAUCAGGACUGUCUCCUCCAGUGGCUCGACCAUAGUAAUGCUCGUCAAUGCGAGGUGUGCAAGCAUGCAUUUGCCUUCUCGCCUGUCUAUGCAGAGAAUGCUCCAGUGAGGCUUCCUUUUCAGGAGUUUGUGGUUGGGAUGGCUAUGAAAGCUUGCCAUGUAGUGCAAUUCUUUUUGCGCCUUACUUUUGUUCUUUCUGUUUGGCUCCUCAUAAUUCCCUUCAUUACAUUUUGGAUAUGGCGCUUGGCUUUUGUGAGGAGUUUUAAUGAAGCUCAGAGACUGUUCCUGAGUCACCUGUCGACUACAGUUAUUCUCACUGAUUGCCUGCAUGGAUUCCUGCUUUCUGCAAGUAUUGUGUUUAUAUUUCUUGGAGCAACUUCUUUGAGGGAUUACUUCAGGCAUUUAAGGGAGCUUGGAGGUCAAGAUGCUGAGAGGGAUGACGAAGGGGACAGAAACGGUGCCAGGGCUGCAAGAAGACCUGUUGCACCACCUAAUAGAAAUUUGGCUGGUGACGCUAAUGGUGAAGAAGCUAAUGGUGCCCAAGGAAUUGCUGGUGCUGGUCAAAUUAUUAGAAGAAAUGCAGAAAAUGUUGCAGCUCGAUGGGAGAUGCAGGCAGCUCGUCUUGAAGCUCAUGUUGAGCAAAUGUUUGAUGGUCUUGAUGAUGCCGAUGGUGCAGAGGAUGUGCCCUUCGAUGAAUUGGUUGGCAUGCAGGGUCCAGUUUUUCACUUGGUUGAAAAUGCAUUCACAGUCUUGGCGAGCAACAUGAUUUUCCUUGGUGUCAUAAUAUUUGUCCCCUUCUCUUUAGGACGGGUCACGCUUUAUUACUUGUCAUGGCUUCUUGCUAAUGGCCCAGUAUUGUCGAAAGUCAUGCCACUCACAGAUUCAGCUCUAUCCUUGGCGAAUAUUACAUUGAAGAAUGCAUUAACUGCCGUUACAAACUCGUCUUCCGAGGGUCAAAGUGACGGUCUGGUUGGCCAGGUUGCAGAGGUUUUGAGUGCAAACACAAGUGGAUUAAAUGAAAUCUCCAGCAACAUAAGCUCAAAUCUCUCUGGGGAUUUCUUGAAAGCAGCUCCCAUUGGAACAUCAAGGCUCUCUGAUGUCACCACUCUUGCUAUUGGAUAUCUGGUGAUCUUUUCUGCGGUGUUAUGCUAUCUUGGGAUUGUUCUUUUGAUUCGGUACACAAAGGGUGAGCCAUUGACUAACCGGAGGUUCUAUGGUAUUGCCUCAAUAUUAGAGACAAUUCCAUCUCUUCUUCGGCAGUUCUUGGCUGCUAUGAGGCAUUUGAUGACGAUGAUCAAGGUUGCUUUUCUUCUUGUAAUCGAACUUGGGGUAUUCCCAUUGAUGUGUGGAUGGUGGCUUGAUGUUUGCACGAUAAGAAUGUUUGGGAAGUCGAUGUCAAAUAGAGUUCAAUUCUUUUCACUUUCCCCUUUAGCAAGCUCAUUGGUUCAUUGGGUUGUGGGAAUAGUUUACAUGCUUCAGAUAAGCAUUUUCGUCAGCCUUCUCAGAGGGGUUCUACGUAAUGGGGUUUUGUACUUCCUUCGAGAUCCUGCUGAUCCAAACUACAAUCCAUUCCGCGAUCUCAUUGAUGACCCAGUCCACAAGCAUGCCCGCAGGGUUUUGCUGUCAGUGGCGGUUUAUGGUAGUUUAAUUGUGAUGCUGGUAUUUUUACCAGUGAAGCUUGCUAUGCGGAUAGCACCCUCCAUCUUUCCGCUUGAUAUAUCAGUCUCUGAUCCCUUUACUGAAAUCCCCGCUGACAUGCUUCUCUUUCAAAUCUGUAUCCCAUUUGCAAUUGAGCAUUUUAAGUUGCGGUCAACUAUCAAAUCCCUUCUUCACUAUUGGUUUACAGCUGUUGGCUGGGCCCUGGGCUUGACCGAUUUCUUACUACCUAGACCCGAUGAUAAUGGCACCCAGGAAAUUGUAAAUGGAGAGCCAGCAAGGCAGGAUCGACUACAGGUAGUUCCACUUGGCGGACAUGAUAGAGCUAUGGCAGUUGCCAAUGAUAUCGAUAUUGUGGAAGAAUAUGACUUCGAUGAGCAAUCUGACUCUGACAGGUACAGCUUUGUCCUCCGUAUUGUCCUCUUGUUAAUGGUGGCAUGGAUGACGUUACUUAUCUUCAACUCAGCAUUAAUCAUAGUGCCUGUUUCACUUGGACGAAAAUUGUUCAAUGCCAUUCCCCUUCUCCCAAUAACUCAUGGGAUCAAGUGCAAUGAUCUAUAUGCUUUUAUUAUCGGUAGCUACGUUAUUUGGACUGGGAUUGCGGGAUCAAGAUACACAGUUGAGCACAUUAGGAGUAGGAGAGCUGCUAUUUUGCUGGGUCAAAUCUGGAAGUGCAGUUGUAUAGUCAUCAAGAGUUCUGCUCUUCUUUCGUUAUGGAUUUUUGUCAUUCCAGUGUUGAUUGGCUUGCUCUUUGAACUUUUGGUUAUUGUGCCUAUGCGAGUGCCUACAGACGAGAGUCCAGUUUUCCUUUUGUAUCAAGAUUGGGCUCUCGGACUCAUCUUCCUGAAGAUCUGGACUAGACUGGUCAUGUUGGAUCAUAUGAUGCCAUUUGUCGAUGAGAGUUGGCGGUUAAAGUUUGAAAGGGUGAGAGAGGAUGGUUUCUCCAGGCUGCAGGGCCUUUGGGUCCUCCGGGAGAUCGUCUUACCAAUCAUGAUGAAGCUUCUGACUGCUCUUUGUGUGCCUUAUGUUUUGGCAAGAGGGGUGUUUCCCGUGUUUGGAUACCCUUUGGUGGUUAAUUCUGCUGUCUAUCGGUUUGCAUGGCUGGGAUGCCUUGCCUUGAGCGUAUUAUGCUUCUGCGCCAAGAGGUUCCAUGUCUGGUUCACUAACCUUCACAACUCCAUAAGGGAUGAUAGGUACCUGAUCGGGCGCCGGCUCCAUAACUUUGGAGAGGACGCUGAAGUUAAGAAGCAAAACGAGUCUGAGGCAUCAGCAGAUUCCCCGACCGCUAUCUUGCCAGGAACUGGUUUGGUUCGUCAGGACAGGGAAGUCGAUGUGGGAUUGAGGCUGAGGCGUGUUAACUGACAGUGACGCUCGGAAAAAGGGAAUUGAGGAGGCUUUGGUCCUAUGUAUUUAAAUGUCGGUGUCAAGCUGUGUGCGCCCUUUCACAUUUUAUUGCUCGUGAAAGUUCUAACGCAAGGAUCGGGCUUAUGUUUACUUUAGCUAGCAAGUAGAAUCGUUAGGGUUUUAUACAUGUGUAGCACAUUCUGUUUAAACUCAAGUUCUUCGAUUGUGAGGGAAUACAACACAUAUGUUCGCCCA